UCAAGAUCAAAACACACCCCUUUCGCCAAUCCUGUCACUAUCGAUCCGUGAAUUUUUAUUUACAUUUUUUCUGUUUACGUUUGACUGCGCCUGUUGUUGUCAAUUCGAUUUCGGCACCAACGUACACAGAUAUGCAGGAGAUGCAGCUGUAUGGAAUUUGCUAACCUUUGAAGCUUCAAGUCCAAUCGAAAAUGGUGGUCAAAGACAAUUUUGAGACGGAGUAUUCUGACUCGGACCCUGCGCCGCAAGAGCCGGGCAGUAGCGCAGCCGAGUCCGAGGCGGCGCCCACCGACGAACAACAGGAUGUCGACGACCCGCAGCCCGACCCACCGAAUUCACCAACUUUGGGCCACUCGGGCGCCUGCCCGUUGCCUUUGACUGCGCCCGAGACGCCGACUGAGGAACACCGAAACUUAGCCAGCCCUUUUCCAGACUCUUCAGCCGCCACUCAGCUCAUCCACUCGUGCACAGAUUUGGAGUCUGACGAGGAGGCUGCCGAACUUGAAGACGAGGCUGUCGAUGUCCACACCCCAACCGAACUUGAGGAAGACGUUGCGGAGUCUUCUGUUGCGCCGUCGCUGAAGGCUUUGGAGCCCCAGAGUCCGCCGUCAACUUCAACUUCGAGCAAGGACCAAACAGCAACUGUUCUGCCUUGGGGUGCUCACAAAGAGCGAUCACCAUACCCGUCUAGUGUGCACAUUGACAUGGACAUCAAACCUGGAGAAUAUGUCAUGCGAACUUUGUUCGCUGAGUUCACUGUACAGGCUGAGCGAAAAAUCGAAGCUGUCAUGGCUGAGCCUCAGGAGAAGCCUCUAUCCAAAUCCCUGCAAAGAGGUGAGGAUGCCCCUUUCGAUCAGUUGUUGGGAGCUUUUGGCUCGGUGGCAGAGCACUGCUUGCCGUCGCUGCUGAAAGCCCUGUUUUCUUGGUACGAGAGACAGAUCAGCGUCAACUCGGGCACAACUUCGCCAGCCUCGUCAGCCGCCUCUCCCGAACAGAAACGAGUCACCACUGAAUCCAAGGGCAAAGUUGCUGAUUCUUCCGCUGCUGCCGAGGGAGACGUGGCCACAGAAAAGAGAGACCUUGCAGUUGAGUUUCUUUUCUGCUUGGUGCUCAUAGAAGUCCUCAAGCAGCUUCCUUUCCACCCUGGCCAAGAUGACUUGGUCACUUACAUCGAAAACCUUGCAUUCAGACAUUUUAAAUACAGAGAAAGUGUUCAAAGUAGUCCCAACGCAGACAACAUUCACAUCAUGGCUGACUUGUACGCUGAGGUCAUUGGAGUUUUGGCUCAGUCAAGGUUCAUGUCUGUUCGCGCUCGAUUCAUGGCAGAGCUAAACGCCCUGAGAGCCAAAGAACCCAGUUCUGCCACCACACAGUCUGUCAUUUCGCUAUUGAUGGGAAUGAAGUUCUUCCGAGUCAAGAUGGUGCCCAUAGAGGAGUUUGAAGCUUCUUUCCAGUUCAUGCAAGAAUGCGCACAGUACUUUCUUGAGGUGAAGGACAAAGACAUCAAACACGCCCUUGCUGGUCUAUUUGUGGAAAUCUUGAUUCCAGUUGCAGCUUCUGUGAAAAACGAAGUGAACGUUCCUUGUUUGAAGAACUUCGUAGACAUGCUGUACCCACAGACUCUUGACAUGUGCACCAAAAGUAAACACAGACUUGCAAUCUUUCCUUUGGUCACUUGUCUGUUGUGUGUGAGCCAGAAAACAUUUUUCCUCCAGUAUUGGCACUACUUUUUGGCCAUGUGUUUGUCACAUUUGAAAAACAGAGACCCAAAAAUGAGCCGUGUUGCGCUAGAAUCUCUUUACCGUCUUCUCUGGGUGUACAUGAUCAGGAUUAAGUGUGAAAGCAACUCUGCAACUCAAUCUCGACUUCAGAGCAUUGUGAACUCGCUCUUCCCCAAAGGCUCCAAGGCUGUGAUGCCAAGAGACACGCCUUUGAAUAUUUUCGUUAAGAUCAUUCAAUUCAUUGCACAGGAGAGACUGGACUUUGCUAUGAAAGAUAUCGUAUUUGAAUUGCUUUCUGUCGGUCGGUCAAUCAAAGUGAUUAUGACCCCUGAGAGAAUGAGUAUAGGCCUGCGAGCCUUCCUUGUGGUCACCGACUCCUUACAGCAAAAGGAAGGGGAACCACCCAUGCCAAGGACCGUUGGUGUGUUGCCAUCAGGAAGCACCCUCCGCGUCAAAAAGACCUAUCUGAACAAAAUGUUGACUGAAGAUACUGCAAGAAGUAUUGGAAUGUCUAACUACUUUUCGUAUGUAAGACGAACUUUCGAUGACAUCCUCAGAGCUUUGGAUGCUCAAUUUGGAAGGCCCUUGAUGAUGACCAACACUCAAAAUGUCAACAAAGAACCCGAUGAGUUAAUAUCUGGAGAAAGAAAGCCUCGAAUAGACUUGUUCAGAACCUGCAUUGCUGCCAUCCCAAGGCUGAUUCCUGACGGGAUGACUGGGCCAGAGCUGGUUGAUCUUCUCUCACGACUGACUGUUCACAUGGACGAAGAACUUCGAGGUCUCGCCUAUCAAAGUCUCCAAACUUUGGUGAUCGAUUUCCCAGACUGGAGGGACGAUGUAAUUCGAGGUUUCACCCAAUUCAUCGUCAAGGACAUUCCUGACACAUCGCCGCAGUUGCUGGACCAGGGUUUGCGGAUCUUGCUUCAACUGCUCACCAACUGGAAAAACGCUCCUCCCGGCGCUCCCAAGAGUGGAGAUCCCCUUCGAAACAAUUCAUUUAUCACUCAUGGAGCGGUAAGAGCACUUUUGUUAAAAAAAUGGAUUCAUCAAAAUUGAACAACUUUUCAGUCUUACAAAGUUGAACCACCGUGGGCGGUGACCAAUGUUGUUGAAGGAUUUGCUCUAGUCAUGCUAUGCCAUUGUCGUCUCUCGGUGAGGAGAUUGGCUGUCCACAUUUUGAAGGAGGCUAAAACUCUGGUGUAUCUGCUGAACACAGCCAACUGCAGCUCUCCAAACCCUCCCGUCAUCGACGUAAUCGACAAAUGCUGCGCUCAAGUACUUGAGAGAUGCUACCAUCUUUUAUCUCCUGCUGAGAAAGCGGCCGCCAUGUCCACCUCACACAUAGAUCUGCAGUGGAUUGCUGACAGGAAUUCUUCUGUUUGGACAGCUGGAUACAUUGAUGAAAAUUGCACCGCAUCUCGAAGCUCGUCUUGUCUCAACUUGAGCGGUGUUGACCCAUGGAGUGCUUGUUUGUUUGGGUUUCUAGAGGAGGGCAGAGUUGUUACCCAAUGUCCAGCUGCAGUCAAAUACGCGUGGCCUGUUGUCUUUGCCCGACUCAACACUCUCUUCACCGUUGUGGACCCAACUCCCGUGAGUGACAACAGAGCUUCUCUGUUAAGAAGUUCAGCUCCGCCAAAACGACCAGCUAAUGACAAAGAUGUGCACUUGUGGAGGAAUUAUGUCAGUUUUACAUUCCGGGUGGUUCCCACUGUUCCAAGUCCGAUAGUCCGUUGCGCUUCUCCAGAUCUAAGUUUGAGUACCAGCCCAGACAGCCUGUUGGACAGAGUGGAGAGCAAAUCGCCUGGCACCAGUAUUAUGGCUGGGAUGGUUGGCGUCACAGGUGGCAGUUUGGCCAGCGGUGUCCUGGGCUCGAGCUUCUCUUCGUUCUCGUCAGGAACUUCAUCUUCUUCAACUUCCUCCACAUCCACGGCUCAUGCUUCCCCUGGCGCCCUUUACAAACUUGUCGUUCCUUUGCUUAGAUGUGAGUCAACAGACAUUCGAGAUGCAGUGGUCCAAGCCAUUGGAAGGGUCAACCCUGAAGCUUUGAAGGACUUGAUGGAAGAAUUGGUUCCUUAUGUGAGAGAGGCGGUUGAUCGAAAGCAGGAAAACAUGCGACGCCGACGAAGAAGAGAUGCUCUGCGUUUGCAGUUGGUCAAAGUUUUUGAGUUGGUGGCUGAACAUGGCACUUUUGGCAUUAGUCAAUGCGUUUUGGAUCGUGAUUCGUCGAGUUUACACCCCACUUUUGUUGAGUAUGUCGAAGGAGCUAGGCAGUAUUUGGAAAAUGAGCCAGACAAAGAUUCGUCUGUUGUGAAAGAAAUCAAGCUCCACUUCUGUGACUUCUUGCGAAAAAUGCUGAAAAGCUUUUCAAUGGAUUCAAGGAGGAUGCUAUUGAAGCGAGAUUUGCACAAUAAAUUGUUCUGGCUGCUGAACGGCUGGACCACCAAGUACACCGUCAAUAACACAGCCGCUUUCAAUAACAAAAAUGCUGCACAAGCUUGCAAAAAAUGUGUUGAAUUGAACGAAGCUGCAAACCAAUCCUCAGACGAAGCUUGCUCAGAGUUGGAAUUUGCAGCUCUUCAGGCAAUGUCUGCUCUGCUUUCGUGCGGUCCGUGCUUUACGAACCAAGGACUUUGCUAUGAGGGAAUCUUCUAUCCCUGGCUAGACAUGAUGCUAGACAGUUCAAUUGAAAAGGUUUCUCAACUAGCACGAGACACAAGCAUUCUGCUUCUUGAGUGCAACCCUGAUGUUGGCUCAUUGCUUGACUGGGCAAUCGACCGCUGCUACACAGGCACCCCUGCAGUAGCUGAUGGAUGCUUCCUUUCUUUGGCUGCUAUAUUUAGCACAAGAGAGUACCCCUGUGACAGCUAUGUUGCUGUGAUCAAUGUGACCCUGAUGGCCACAGGUUGUCCUCGCCCUGAGGUGCAUGAGGCUGCCCUUCAGCUUUUGCAAGUUUUGGAUAAGCGAUUUUUUGGAGCAGUGCUUCCUCUAGCAACUGAUGGGUCUAUGUAUGGUCGAGGUCGUGAAACUCUGGACCUUCUCCUUUCCAACACAUACUGCCGCUCACAGCAGUACCUCUCGAGACAACUCUCGCAGCUCCACCCCCAGCUCACCAUGCCAAUGUUCUCAGAGGUAUCCCACCGGCUACAAACUGCUCGACCUGAGGUUCGGCAGCUUCUGCUGCAGUAUCUUCUGCCCUGGUUGUACAACAUGGAGCUAGUGGACCCAAAUGUGCCUCCUGGAAAUCCCCUCUCGUACUUCCAAUGCUACAGCUCUGAAGUGCGUGGCAUCUGCAAUAAUGGCAGACGUGAGGGAUGGGGUUCAGCGGAGGCGACGGAAAUGAUUUUGAACAAUGUCUUUUACAUAACAGCUAAGUUUGCUGAUCAUCACCCUAAAGAAGUUGAAGCACUUUGGUCCGCCCUGUGCGCCUGUUGGCCCAACAACCUCAAAGUCAUUCUGCGAUACUUGUUGAUUGUGUCAGGCAUGUCUCCAGAUAAGCUCUUGCCCUACGCAAAAAGAGUGGCUGUAUACAUAGCCAGGGCAAGACCUGAGAGGUUAUUGGACGAAGUUACUGGAGAGUUGCAGGCAGUCGAGACCCUAAACUGUCUGAUCGAGCGGACAGAAACACCACCCUUCUACCGACUGACCUCCAUGCGCAAAGCUUCUUCACACUCGGAUGGUCCUGGAGGUGUGGGAGGCAACCAAGGUGAUUCCGCUGGCGCAGGAGGACUGCGAGUUGACAUGGCUGUGGAGAAAGGAACAAUUCACACCAAGAGACACAGUGGAGAGGAGCACAUAAAAACAGGCACCUCAAAAUCGGACUCUGCCUUGAAGGCCAUGGGAGGCUACGCUCCACUUACCCGCAAUGAAAAAUCACGCACCAUCAGUGGCCCAGCUGUAGCUCCUAUCCUCAUGCAGACUGAUGAAGGGGCCACUUCUCCUGCAAAUGCAGAUGCUGCAGAUGGAAACGAGUCAGGAAACCCUACAAAUUUUGAGUCUGCCUCAAUGCCGUAUCCACUACCAAUGCCGGAGUUUGGUGGCUAUUUUGCACCUCUAACAGAAUUCCUCCCUGAUAUAUCUCAACCUAUUAGUGGUUUCCAUAGGUGCAAUUUGGCCGUCAUGCUGUUGGCCGACGUUGUGAUUGACGGAGUUGACGUUGAUUGGUCUAUCCAUGUGCCAUUGAUGCUGCAUAUGGCCUUCCUCGGGCUGGACCACACCCGCCCUCUGGUUCAUGAGCACUGUCGGCGCCUUCUUCUGAAUCUGCUGCUUGUCUUGGCUGACCACUCGGACAGUUUCACUGUGGCCAGAACCCUCUUGAACUGCAAAACGGCCGGUCUGGGCUUGGGCUUGCCAACGCCAUCUCUUCCAGUCAUUGUGCACAAUUUUACAGAGCCACAUGCUGAGUUUGACGCAUACCUCCAAAACAAUGGAGGCCAAACCACCACGCCUCAAGGCGAUUCUCUUACUUCAUCAGAAUGUGGUUCAGUGACCCCGCCGGCUGUGAUUGUGACUUCUGAAGAAAAGGCUCCAUGGAAAGCUUCAAACUUGACAACUCCUGAUGUUGUCAAAGCUCUCAUUUGCUUCUUAUCGUCAAGAGGGAACCAGCCUCUUUGGGGUUACGAGGACAUCACGGCUAAAGUUUGGACAAUCCGAAGCGCUGAGCAGAUGGAUGUCUUUCUUCAAUACAUGUUGAGAGUUUUCCGUGAAUCACUUCCACACGCUCUUAUAAGCGAAAGAUGGGCGCAAACUGCUCUCCAGUUGGGCCUGUCAUGCUCUUCUAGACACUAUGCAGGGCGAUCUUUGCAGCUCUAUCGAUCACUGCGAGUUCCGAUCACUUCCAGAAUGCUAUCAGACAUUCUCUCUCGACUUGUGGAGACUGUCGCUGAGCAGGGUGAAGACAUGCAGGGUUAUGUGACGGAACUGCUUCUGACGUUAGAAGCUGCAGUCGACUCACUUGAGUCUGACUUCCGUUCGCUCGAUCUGAUGAAGGAAAUCUUUAAAUCUACCCCUAAUCUGAACAACAAGGACCAACUCAGUUCGGUUUCAAGCUCAGCAAGCAGCAAAAGAAAUGCUCAGACAGUUGGGGUGGCGCAGGGAGCAACAAUUGCUGCAGCUGCUAGUGGCCAAGUUAGUGCCUAUCAAGCCAUUUCAGCUGGUGUGGCACCUCACAUUACGCAACUUGGUCAUGGUCGCAGCACCAGCUACUCUGUUUCCUACGGUCUGAGGAAAACUUCUGGGUCACCAGCUUCAGAAACAAAAGGCCGUGGAGGAAUUACCGAGGAAGGCGUGGGUCGUAGUGUGAUAGCCAGUGGGCCAUGUGCAAGCAAGAUUUUCUCCAGCAACCUUUCAAGGUCGCGCUCAGCUCAAUCAUUGAAACUUCUAGGAGACCAAGCAAGCCAAGACGACAAACUGACGAUUCUAGCGCAGCUAUUCUGGCUGGCCGUUUCUUUGCUGGAGUCAGACUUUGAGCAUGAAUUCCUGCUGGCACUUCGACUUCUAAGUAGGGUGCUGCACAGACUACCACUCGACAGGCCAGACUGCAGAGAUAAGGUUGAGAAAUUGCAACAGCAGUUGAAGUGGAACGGAGGUUUCCCUGGUGUGCAUUCCCUCCUGCUAAAGGGCUGCACACAUCCAUCCACCUAUGAGCCAACUGUAGAGCUCCUCAGCAGAUUCACUUUGCUCCUUGAGCUGCCUGUUGUGGACCCAACACUAUCGUUGGCAUUUCCUCUCAAUGUCGUGGCUCUGCUGCCUUAUCUGCUGCACCACUACGAAGACGCCAAUGUGCUGUGCGUCCAGAGUGCCGAGAACAUUGCACAAGUGAGUGCUGAGAAGAGCAAAAAGUUGGAGAAUCUGGGUACGGUUAUGUCUCUCUACAGCCGACGCACUUUCAGCAAGGAGAGUUUCCAGUGGACAAAGUGUGUUGUGAAGUACCUGUAUGACACUUACGCCCACCUUGGGCUGAACAUGCUUGCAUUUUUGGUCGAAGUGUUGGAGAAAGGCCCUGCAUUAGUGCAGCUGCCCGUCCUAAAUAUCAUCCACUGCAUGCUGCACUACGUUGAUCUGAACUCAUCAACCUCGCGACCAAUCAACAGUGACCUGCUGAGGGUUAUUGCUAAAUAUGUUGAGGGGCCACACUGGAAAGAGUCGCUGAAAAUUUUGAAACUUGUCGUAACUCGGUCUUCGACCCUAGUUGCUCCACCGCUGUCUGUCCACCCGACUUAUUGGGACAGCAGCAACCACGGAGUUUUGUCUCAUCCUUCGUUUGCAGACAGUGAAGUUUUCAUGAAGAAAGAAUUACCAGGUCGCACAAUGGACUUUACAUACGACCUCUCCCAAACACCUGUGAUCGGUCGGAGGUAUAUCGAACCCAUCGCCAAAGAGAAAGCUGCUUCUGGCCAAGCAAAUGCAAUCCACAUGGCAUCAUCUCCAAGAAGAUCUGUUUCUCUCUCGCCUGCUGAUAGUGGCAAUAUCGCUGGCUGGAAGAGGCCUUGGUUGUGCCAGAGCCGAGUUAGAGAGUGUCUAGUGAACCUGCUGACCACAUGCGGCCAGAGAGUCGGUUUGCCCAAGAGUCCCUCGUUGGUUUUUUUAUCCAGUGCUCUUCGGAGAUUUCCCAUGCAAAGAGUGAUAUUCAGCCAGAGCUCUGAUUUGAUGGAGCGCCAGUCAAGCAUGGCCUCGUCUACUGAGGAAGUCUCCGCUCCAAACAACGAUUUGUCUGGUGGCUCCAGAAGGGAUGAUGCCGCGGACCAAUUUGGGGUCUUCAAAGACUUUGACUUCCUUGAGUAUGAGAGUGAAAGUGUUGAAGGUGAGAGCACAGACAACUUCAACUGGGGAGUCCGUCGCAGACCUCUUAGUGACGGUGGAACUGACGUCGAACUUAGUUCUCAGCCAGUCAGUGAAAAUUUGGUCACUGAAAGGGAAACAACACCUAACUUGCCUCGUCAUAGGAGAGGUGCAGGUCACGAAGAGUCAUCGGAUGAUGAAGUUGGUUCUGAAUCUCCCCUGGAUGAAGUUGGUCUUCCCCAGGACUAUGCCAGUGGCAGUGGAGCUGCAAGUUCGGUGGCAAGUGCAAGCGGCGUUUUCCCACCUUCUUCUCUCAGCAUCCGGGAAAGAACCCGACACGAUUCAGGCACUCGUUCUGAUACAUCUGGUUCAAGUGCUGGCGACCUAGGAGACGUCACUCCGUGCAACGCCUCGCCAAGCAUUCCUGCGUUCAGGCCGUACACCAGAGGAGACGCCGAAGAGUCGUGGCGCCGCCACAUUCAAGGCUUGUUGAUGCUUGUACCCACCGCUCCACCUCUGCGGUUGUUCCAACUUUUAAGGAGACUCGCCCGCGACGUCUGCUUGAAAGCAACAGGAAUAACCUUGGACGUGGGUCGUUUGCUGUCAACUCCGUGUCCAGCACUCUGCACCCCAGUAGGGCAAAUUGCAGAGCUCCUGGCCAGCGGGAAAGCAGAACCGCCACUGGUGUGGUUCAGCUAUGAAAUAUUAGCAACGGCUGGUCCUCGUCUUGCCGAUCUGUUGAGAUUUGGCGCACUUGAGGUACAGGAGCAUUUGGAAACCUUCCUUGACAGACGAGAUGCAGCCAACGAUAGUUUGAAUGCCAUCAGAACAACAAUGAAACUGCAUUUAGGCAAUGAGCCAACAAAUUCAACCGAAGUACCAACAAGCGUUUUGGUGGAGGCUGGCCGAUCGCUUUACAAGCUGCUUUUUCAGCUUGUGUUGCUCCUAGAAGCGACCCACAAAAUGGUCAACGCCCUUUCGACCACAGCUAAGACUUGUCAGCUCACAGAUCUGUCGUCUGAAGUUUCUGUCCUGGAGGGACACCUAAUCGGCGCCUUGGACGAUGGCGUUACAGCUUCGAGCAACUGGGGUGGCAGCGGUGGUGCCGACUCCUCCGGCACCCCUACCCCAACGCCAAGCCCUGCCCACAGCAUGGUCGCAGUCUCCUCUUCCAACAAAGACGACUCGACUGUCGAGAGUGACGCUGACAAGAUCAUCGACCUGCUCAAGGACGGAAACUGGACGGCCGCUCUGGGCACAUCUCGUAGAUUCCGGACGUCCUUGCUCGGCACCGACGCAGUGCUGGCGCAGUACGAGGAUGAUAUUACCACCAUUCUGCACCUCUACUGCAGACACCUGUCCAAGGACAGACCUGAUAUUUUUGUGAUCACUCGAUCCCCGAGAGAUGGCAGUGAGGCCAUUUCCCGUUUGCUGGAGGCCCUUUUCCAGAUGUUGGCCGUCUUGGGCACCCUGGAGCCCACAGCACCAAGAAGCCCAGCACCCACAAGGGCCCAGCUGGACUCGCUGCUGCAGAGGACAGAUUGCUGAGAGGCAGGUCAUUAAUUAUUAUACUCUUGAGUAGUUAGUUGCAAAUAAUGAUUCGGUGAUUUACACUUAUGAAUUAUGUGGAAGAACGUAUUUCAGAUCUUGAUAUUUGUAUCUUAUAUUCUCCAGAGUAGUAUCACAUUAUAUAAAUAAAUCAUUUAAGAGCAUGGUAUAUGCAAACAAAAAUAACAGUUUAUAAAUAUUUAAAUUUAAAAAUCCAUAUAUAUUAUUUAUUUUGGUGCUAUUCUACU